AGGCACACGCAUCGAUCUUUUUUUAUUUUGUUUUAAACAAUGUCAUAUUAUAUUAAUUUGUUGUGAUAAUAAGUGAAGUAAGUGAAUUUAUAUAUUUUAUUACCAAAAACACAUCAAAAAUGGUUCAACGGAUCGCGACCCAGAUAACGGGCCCGAAAAAAGAAGACGGCCUUGCAAACCUCAUCGGUCAAUUCGGGAGAUGGCAAUUCAUAAUUUUCGCUACUGUUUCUUUAGUCAAGCUAUCAUCAGGAUGGGUGCAAAUGGCGAUAUUGUUUUUGACUCCAAAACUGACGUUUUGGUGUGCAGAAUUUACUAAUUCUAGUACUGUAAAAAUAGUGGAUAAUUCUACGUGUUAUGCUGAUUGUGUGAAGUAUGAAUAUGAUGCUUCACCGUUUAAUAAUACAAUAGUUACUGAGUGGGGUCUCGUCUGUGAGAGAAGAUGGCUGGCCAGCUUUACACAAAUGGUGUUGCAGUUUGGUGUGCUUUUGGGCAGUAUUGUUAUGGGCUUCUUGUCUGAUAGAUAUGGCCGAAAGAACACAUUCCUCUUUUCCACCACCACGCUGAUCCUACUUGGAUUCGCUAUUCCUUUCUCACCAGACUACAUUACCUUCACGGUGCUUCGCUUUUUCCUCGGCGUCGCAACAUCAGGAACUAUGGUCAUCUCUUUCGUCAUCGUCAUGGAAACGGUCGGAACAGAGUACAGAGAGAUGCUAGGCUGUCUCUUUCAGAUUCCAUUUAUCAUUGGACAUAUGACUGUCCCGCUCUUUGCGUAUUACUUUAGGAAUUGGGAUACAUAUAGCUUGGCAAUGGCUGUUCCUCCCUUGAUAUAUUUGAUGUACUUCUUUUCAUUGACUGAGUCUCCACGAUGGUUGCUCAGUGUUGGUAGAGUGGACGAUGCAGCCAAGAUUGUUAAACGCGCUGCUGAAUUCAACGGGCUUCCCACCACCAAAAUAGACGACACCUUAAAACAAAUAUCUGAAGAAAUUCGCGAAAAAUCUCAAACCACUCGCGCGAACUACACCGACCUGAUGCGUCCGUGUCUCCGGGUGAAGACGGUCUGCUGUUGCUUCAUGUGGACCAUCGUGGGGCUGACCUUCUACGGCAUCAACCAGUACAUCAGCCAGACGAGCCCCGAUCCGUUCGUGACGGUCGCUGCUGCGGGGGCUAUACAGAUCCCAUCAAACCUGCUGGCGAUCUGUUUCAUAAAGUACUUCGGAAGGAAGCUGACCAUCGCCAUCGCCUUCACCCUCGGAGGUCUCUGCGUGCUGCUCCUCGGGGUCCUCCCCAACACGUACACCAUAUCCCUGACCCUCGGAACUUUGGGAGUCAGCUGUGUAGCCAUCGUAGCCGCCUCUAUAUACAUCUAUACAUCAGAAUUAUACCCCACAGUGGUCAGAAAUAUGUCAAUGGGUGCGUGUUCGAUGUGCAUGCGCAUCGGUUCCAUGAUUGCACCGUUUAUUUCGAAUUCUUCGGCGGCGUUGCCAUGGUUACCGACGGCCAUUUUUGGACUUACACCUAUAGCGGCGAGUCUUAUGUGUAUAUUCUUGCCUGAGACAAAGGGAACAACGCUGCCAGAUAGUUUGGAAGAUGUGGACAAGGAAUGAUCUGUUAUUUAUGCUUAGCUGAGGCUAUAGACUAUUUAAAAAAAAAGUUUAUAUAGGUAAGAUGUUGUACAAACCGUCGAAUUUAAUAUUGAAGUAUAAACAGUGAUAAUUUUGGUGAUGAAUAGUUUAUAGUUAAAACUAUACUAUAAUUAGAUAGAUACCUAUGUUAUAUAUGUAAGUAUUAAAUGUUUGUACAAUUUUAUUUAGUUAAGUAAUAAUUUUAAUUUUAUUCAGUGUGUGUGUGUGACAAUAUAAUUAACAAUUUAGAACGUUUUUUGAUAAGCCGCGUUUUAAACCUACCUUUAAAUUUAUUUGAGCAGUUAGGUACCGAUUGCACUAUGGGGGCGUCCAUAAAUUACAUGAAUCUAAUCCAACCUUACGUUAGGGAAAAAGGGUCUCGACAAAUAUCACGCAUUUUUUUCUGAUUAAAACAAAAGAAAUUAUACACUUUUGGUCCAAGAUUAAAAAAAUGAAAAAAAAACACCUCAUGUAAUUUAUGGACGCCCCCUAACUAAAUUUUGCAUUAAGUGUACAUUGUAUAAAAUGAAAAUUAUAUUUUUAUAGACUAUAAUAUAUAGGUAUAACUGGAAUUAAUAAAGUGCCAAAAUGUACAUUGUAAAUGUAAUGUAGAUUUAAUUUAAAUUUAUCUAAUUUUGUAAAUCACAAGAAAAUGUGAUGCAUAUCUGAGAAAAUUUAU